AUUGAACGUUUAUAUUAUUCAUUUAUUGUUAAUUAUAAUGUAUAAUAGUUAAAUUUGAGGGCAACCUUGGAAUAUUAAAAGUGCAUGAGGGUAUAUGGUAAAAUGCCAUCAAGGAUUUAUGCCAUAUUCCAAAUCCCACAUCAACAUGUGGGAUUUAUAAGUCCGUGGGGUCCACGGAUUUGGACCCUUAAAAUCCGUGGGCCCCACGGAUUUGGUCUCCAAAAAAGAUGCAAGCAAACAACGGAUUGUACCUAAAUCCUUGAUAGUUGGUUUUUUGGUACCAAAUCCAUGUACCAAAUCCUUGAAGCAAACGACCCCUUAGUAAUGGUUACUACUUCUUCUUCCAUCUCUCAACUGUAGCAGCUCAGUUCGAUGAACUAGAAAACACCUACUGACGACGAUUCCAGAACCCAGAAGUGAGAAAAAGGGGCAACGAUAAACAGAGGAUAGAUAAUGCCAGGAUUGGCUGAACCAGAAAACAGAGGACGACGCCGCAGAAGCUGCCUUCUUCUGCAAUUACAACAACAAUGCCUACCUCCACUAAUCCUCUCUUCUUGUUCUUCAUCUUCUUCUUCCUCUCCCGAGCCAGUGAAUCAUUCGCUGGUUCUUCCUCAGCAGCCCAAUUCAAUAACGAGCUGAAACAACAGGACAACGAUCCUUUCGUGGGGUUCAACAUAGGCACCGACGUUUCCAAUCUCUUGUCACCAGCCAACGUAGUCGCUUUCCUCCAGGCGCAGAAGGUCACCCACGUUCGUCUCUACGAUGCGAACCCUGAGAUUCUUAAAGCCCUGGCGAAAACCAAGAUCCGGGUAAUCAUCAGCGUGCCCAACAACCAGCUCCUCGCAAUUGGGUCUUCCAACACCACAGCAGCUUCAUGGAUUGAUCGCAAUGUAGUUGCUUACUACCCACAAACUCUAAUCACUGCGAUUGCUGUUGGAGAUGAGGUUUUGACCACUGUUCCUUCUUCUGCCCCUUUGCUUGUUCCUGCAAUUGAGUCGCUCUACAGUGGUUUAGUUGCUGCAAAUUUGCAUACCCAGAUUAAGAUCUCCACUCCAUUAGCUGCUUCAGUGAUUCUCGACCCUUUCCCACCUUCCCAGUCUUUUUUCAACCAGAGUUUGAGCUCCGUUAUGGUUCCUUUGCUUAAGUUCUUGUCUAGAACUGGUUCUCCUUUAAUGAUGAAUCUUUACCCUUACUAUGUGUUCAUGCAAAACAAAGGGGUAGUCCCACUUGAUAACUCUUUGUUCAAGCCCUUGACUCCUACUAAGGAAAUGGUUGACCCCAAUACUUUGUUGCAUUAUACCAAUGUGCUGGAUGCAAUGAUCGAUGCUGCUUAUUUCUCGAUGAAGAACUUGAAUGUGACUGAUGUGGUGGUGCUUGUCACCGAGAGUGGAUGGCCUUCAAAAGGUGAUUCAAAGGAGCCUUAUGCUACAGUGGAUAAUGCUGAUACUUAUAAUUCGAACUUGAUCAAGCAUGUUUUCGAUAGAAGUGGUAGUCCUUUGCAUCCUGAGGUUACUUCGAGUGUGUACAUAUAUGAACUGUUCAAUGAGGAUUUGAGAGCUCCCCCGGUGUCUGAGGCUAACUGGGGGUUGUUCCACGGGAACUCGACGCCUGUUUAUCUGCUUCACGUAUCUGGGAGUGGGACUUUUUUGGCGAAUGAUACUACGAAUCAGACGUACUGUGUGGCUAUGGAUGAAGUGGAUGGGAAGAUGCUGCAGACUGCGUUGGAUUGGGCAUGUGGGCCGGGAAGAGCAAAUUGCAGCGAGAUUCAGCCAGGGGAGACUUGUUAUCAGCCUAACAAUGUAAAGAAUCAUGCUUCUUAUGCAUUUGAUAGUUAUUAUCAGAAGGCAGGGAGGGCCUCUGGGUCUUGUGAUUUCAAGGGUGUGGCCAUGAUUACUACAACCGAUCCAAGUCAUGAAGGCUGUAUAUUUCCCGGAAGCAAGAGAAUAAGCAAUAAGACAAAGACAGUGGUGAACUCAACACACUCAAGUAGUGGGGCGGAUUCCUUCAGAAUGAAACAGUCCUCCCCAAUAAUUGCUGCCAUGAAUGCCUCUCCUGCUGCUGUGGUAGUUGUAUUGUCGUGUAUUUUGUGGCACCUUUCUAUUCUGUUGUAAAUGCAGCAAUGCUUCAGGCUGUGAAAAGGUGCAGCGAAGACAUAAAAGCUCUGUUGCCCGUCCUUUUUUUGGCAGUAUGCAUAUAUGGUAGAUCUGUUAUCUGUAUGUAUGUUCGUUGUAUUGUUAUUAUCACCAGGUCAUUGUAUUGUUUGAGAUCUUUCUUUUAGAUGUUCUUUCUAGUUUGGUGACUGAUCUCAUUUUUGUAGGUGAUUAGCCAUUUGUUUCGAAUAAGCUUAAUGCUAUUUUUAUUUGAGUUCUGGUAACUAGCUGCAUAAAUGUAUCGGCCAACUUCAUUCGAGGAAAUCUAAUUUCCGAACAUGGUUAUGGUCUUAUGGAACCCUCUUGCUUUAAUGAAGGUGUAUGCCAAUG